UAAACUUCCCAACCCAGCUUCACGCCUCCAAAAUUCUCCUCCACCAUUUGCUGCCUCCUUGGCGGUUCAUCACCCCCUCACCCCCACGCCCACCCCUACCCCCACCCACAUAGAAAGGAAUUAAACUUUCUUUUUCUCCUUUAUUACAAUCAAUGUUACAGUCUCUCAAGUUAGGCCUAUACAAUUUCAUUAUUCCCAAUAGUAUUGGAGUCAUUUUAAGGAAACCCAAGUUUCAGGUUUUGGUUUCUGUGGAUUUGACAACAAUGGGGUCUGAAAAAAGACCCUUUUCAACCUCAUCAGCUACUGCAAAAUCAAAUGAAACAAUGAGUGUUGCCGCUGAAAAGGGUGUUUCAAAGGUAAAUGGUGGCAAAAGUGGGGAGGUUCUUGUGGAGGAUAUGGAAACAGUAGAGAAAAUGACAGUUUCUCAGCUCAGAGUGAAACUUAGGAGUCUUGGGAUUCCUUCCAGAGGUACUAAGAAAGAACUUGUUGCUUCUUUGAAGACUUUCCUCGACAGCAAACUUAACGAUGCAGGCAAUGGAUCUGUGGCACAGGAGGAUAAAGUAUCAUCUGAGGGGAGUCUAGAAGUAGCAGAUAACCCUUCAAAAAAGAAGUCUAGAAAAGUGUCAAGUAAGAAUUGUGACCAAAGUGAUGUUGCAUCCGAGAUUCCUAGUACUCAGCAGACGAAAAAACGAGUGGCAAAAGGACACACCAAGGAUACCAGUGUUGACAUUAUUGUUAAACAAGCUGAAAUUACCCAAGAACUUUCCGUUGAAUCUAAUGACAUGAAAGGCAAGAAAAAUGUACGAGCAAAGAGAAAAGUUUCAUCGGUGACUGCUUCAGCACACAUUGGAGUUUCUGAGGCUGUUGAUCUUUCUGUAAAUCAAUAUGAACCUUGGACUAUUUUUGCUCACAAGAAGCCCAAAGAUGGGUGGAUUGUAUACAAUCCUAAAACAAUGAGACCACCUCCUCUUUCUAAAGAUACAAAACAUGUUAAGUUAUUGUCUUGGAAUGUCAAUGGUUUGAGGGCUCUAUUGAAGUUAAAGAAUCUUUGCGUACAGCAGCUUGCUGAUAGAGAAGAUUUUGAUGCACUAUGCCUACAGGAGACUAAACUACAGGAGAAAGACGUUGAAGCGAUCAAGGAAAGUCUCCAAGACUAUAAGAAUAGCUUUUGGACGUGCAGUGUCUCUAAGCUUGGGUAUUCUGGUACUGCAAUCAUCUCACGGAUUAAACCACUUUCUAUCAAAUAUGGUCUUGGCAUACCUGAUCAUGAUACCGAAGGACGACUUGUCACAGUGGAAUUUGACAACUUCUAUUUACUGUGUGGAUAUGUUCCAAAUUCUGGUGAUGGACUACGACGAUUGACAUACAGAAUUACAGAGUGGGAUCCUUCUCUUGGCAAUUACAUGAAAGAGCUAGAAAAGUCAAAACCUGUUGUUUUGACCGGUGAUCUAAAUUGCGCCCACGAGGAGAUAGAUAUUUAUAAUCCUGCGGGAAAUAAAAGAAGUGCAGGCUUUACUGAAGAAGAAAGACAGUCCUUUGAAACGAACUUUCUAAACAAGGGGUUUGUAGAUACAUUCAGGAAGCAGCAUCCUGGCGUCGUUGGUUAUACUUACUGGGGUUAUCGCCAUGGUGGACGUAAAUCUAAUAAAGGAUGGCGGCUCGACUACUUCCUUGUUUCAGAAUGCAUUGCUGACAAGGUGCACGACGCAUACAUUCUCCCAGAUGUCGAUGGCAGUGAUCACAGUCCCAUUGGCCUUGUCCUGAAGCUGUAGUAGGUUUCAAGUACCAGCCAUCUUUUUUGCUAAUUCCAUCAUCUUUGAUCGUCUUCUCGAAGAUGGAACCAUAACAAGAAAACGCGACGGAGAAUAUUUUCAAGAAGCUAACAUGGAGUAUAGAUAUUUGGCUCAUAAGGAUUUUUGACAUAUAAAUGAUGAAUCCUGAUUUUUUGAAGUGGCAUAUACAGGAUUCUCAUUUGUUCUGCUAUUUUUGAUGUCUUGUUGAUUCACAAAGGAAGCAAAUGUUAGUGUCAUAAUACUCCUGUUGCAACUUC